GAAAACCAGUGACCCCCACCCCCAGGAAAACCAGUGACCCCCACCCCAGGAAAACCAGUGACCCCCACCCCAGGAAAACCAGUGACCCCCACCCCAGGAAAACCAGGGACCCCACCCCAGGAAAACCAGAAACCAGGGACCCCCACCCCAGGAAAACCAGUGACCCCCACCCCAGGAAAACCAGGUCCCCCACCCCCCGGAAAACCAGGGACCCCCACCCCCGGAAAACCAGUGACCCCCACCCCAGGAAAACCAGGGACCCCCACCCCAGGAAACCAGUGACCCCCACCCCAGGAAAACCAGUGACCCCCACCCCAGGAAAACCAGUGACCCCCACCCCAGGAAAACCAGUGACCCCCACCCCAGGAAAACCAGGGACCCCCCACCCCAGGAAAACCAGAAAACCAGUGACCCCCACCCCAGGAAAACCAGUGACCCCACCCCAGGAAAAACCAGUGACCCCCACCCCAGGAAAACCAGUGACCCCCACAGGAAAACCAGUGACCCCCACCCCAGGAAAAACCAGGGACCCCCCCACCCCAGGAAAACCAGUGACCCCACCCCAGGAAAACCAGGGACCCCCACCCCAGGAAAACCAGGGACCCCACCCCAGGAAAACCAGUGACCCCCACCCCAGGAAAACCGGGGACCCCACCCCAGGAAAACCAGGGACCCCCACCCCAGGAAAACCAGGGACCCCCACCCCAGGAAAACCGGGGACCCCCACCCCCAGGAAAACCAGUGACCCCCACCCCAGGAAAACCAGGGACCCCCCCCCAGGGAAACCAGUGACCCCCACCCCCAGGAAAACCAGGGACCCCACCCCAGGAAAAACCAGGGACCCCCACCCCAGGAAAACCAGGGACCCCCACCCCAGGAAAACCAGUGACCCCCACCCCAGGAAAACCAGGGACCCCCCACCCCAGGGAAACCAGGGACCCCCCACCCCAGAAAACCAGAAAACCAGUGACCCCCACCCCAGGGAAACCAGGGACCCCACCCCAGGAAAACCAGUGACCCCCCACCCCAGGAAAACCAGGGACCCCCACCCCAGGAAAACCAGGGACCCCCACCCCAGGAAAACCAGCACCCCACCCCAGGAAAACCAGGGACCCCCACCCCAGGAAAACCAGGGACCCCCACCCCAGGAAAACCAGGGACCCCCACCCCAGGAAAACCAGGGACCCCAUUCAUAUAGCGCUAAGAACCUUUGGCGUGAUCCUGACAACACCCUGUCGUUCUCAACUAACAUCAAGGCGGUGGCCCGUUCCU